UGUUUUACGUAUGUUCCUAGAGAUUGGGCCUCCCUGGGGCGCGAACCCUUAGUGUUUCUCGUGCGUUCCUAUAGAUGGCCGUUUUCCUGCGGUUCCGAUCCGCAAUGUUUUAUGUGCGUCUGUUCCUAUAGAUUGGGCCUCUCCUGGGGCACGAUUCCUCCGUAGCCAUUUUGGCUCAAGCGCUCGCAUGCCGCGCCGCCUCGGCCUCCCGCCUCGGGAUGGCUGGCCUGCGCGCGGCUAGAGGGGCUGGCACGGCCGCCGACGACCUCGCGCUGCUGGUGCGCGCGGCGGUCCGCGGCGCUGUGGACGGCGGCGCGCCGCGCCGCACGGUCGCCGCAGUGGCGCGCUCUGCAGUCUCGGCCGCCACGUUCGCGGCGCGGCCGACGACGCAAGCGCACGCUGCAGACGGCCGACGUGACGAUCAUGCUGCUGAUGCCGUUGGCGAUGCCGCUCGCCCAGCUGGUGCCUCCGCGGAGGCGAAGCGGGCGCGGCGUCGGCGCCGCCGUGCGGCGCGCGCGGCUCGCAAGCAGCAGGAAAUCACCGACGGCGACGUGACGACGGCUGGUGCUGGCAGUGCUGGCGCGGGCCUGGGGCUCGCCCUGCUGCCCACGGCGAUGGCGGUCGACGGCGCCGACGACGAAGACCUCGCCUCGUUGGUCGACGACUCCUGGGCUGACAGCCUGCCCGUCGGCGGGCGGCGGCGGCCUGGGCGGGGGCGCGAGGGCAGGUGGGUCGCGGAGGCGGUGGCUGCUGGCGCGGGCGGCACGGGCUCUGGCUUGGCCGCCGCGGCGGCCGCUCCCGCGGGCGCGGCGCUGGCCCUUGCGAGGGCCCCGGGCGGGGCGGCGGCGGCGGAAGCGGCGGAUCUCGCUCGCGGAGUGGGAGGUGCUGCUGGAGCUGCUGCGUGCGGCCUCGAGCGCGCCGGCCUGGCUGGCGGCGCCGAGCCACGGCGGCGUGGGCCGAGGCGCGCGCGGGCGAAGGCGCAGGCGGAGGCGGCGAGGGCGGCGGCGGAGCUGGGCACGGCGCUCGCGGGAGCGGCGCCUGCUGGCGGCGGAGCUGCUGCCUCGGAAGGCCCUGGGGAGGUCUUCGAGCGUGCCGACUGCCUCCUUCGGCAGGCGCCUGGCUACGGGCCUCAGCUCAGCGUGCAGCUUCGGCAGAUGCUGGAGUCCGUGAGCUGGAGGCCCGCCAGCGCCGUGUGAGCUGGGGAGUGCCUACGGUGGUCUGGGCCUUUUCAGGCUCGGCACGGGGUGGAUGGUGGCUCGCGUGGCCGCCUCACCUGACGGCGCGCACCCAGGCAGCGUGGCGAGCGCGCUGCAACUUGGAGGCCGCUGUUUGCGGGGCCUCCUGGCCGCAUUUUGCGGCUCUCGCCUUCUUGGCGGCGGGGUCGGCUCGUGCCGCGCGGGCUGCCUGGUGUGUGUAAAAUUAUCCCGCUCCACGCAGUGAAUACUUGUGAUGGUCCCGGGGCCCGACGCCGCGCGAAAGCGCCAGGUGGGCACAGCUUGCAGCGCCCGGAUCUCAGGGCACCCUGCCCACGCACCCAGGCCUGGGGGGCUGCGGCCUGGGGGCGCCUCUUCGACUGCUCGCUCUGUGCUCGGGCUGCCUCGCGGCCUCGGGCCGCCCGGCAGCCCCGCGCGCGCGUGCCCAGCUGUCGGCUAAUGCCUCCGCGCCGCUGCAGUUUUCACCCCGCACUGCCUGCCGCUGCGUCGGGUGCUGACAGAAGCCCCGCGUGGCUCUGGAGGUCGUUGCGUGAUGUCCGACCCCGAAUCAAACCUCCAGGUCCGUUUCGGAGGUCGCUGCGGCGAUCGCGGCGGCCACAAAUCGGGGCAAGG